GAUCGUGCUUUGCUUGCCCUUGCCCCCGUCCUCCCCCCCGUCUCCUCAUCAUCCUCCCCGCCGCCGCCGCUGCCGCCGCCGGCGGCUUCUCCAUCAAUAUCCUGCCCCGUCCCCCACCCCCACCCCCACCCCCACGACACACGCACCAACAGAUCAGCCGUCGAAACUUCAGUCAUGACUCCGCCCUCGCCUUCCCUUUUCCUCCUGGAUCCCUUCGUGGGCACGUAUCUCCCCGGCGGCGAAACAGCCGACAACAAGAAGACUUUGCUGUCCUCUGGAGCCAAGAGGGCGUUCGGGUUCCCUGCGGACCUCGAUUGCGAUGCGCUCAUGCGGGGCCUGGCGCUAGAAGCAGACCUUGCUGGUGCGCCAGAUCUGUCCCGCCUGACCCUCCGAGGCGUCCGCCCGUUCUCCACUUGUAUCCAUGCCGUCGACAAGAACCUGAUUAUCAUGAUAACUUCCUUUCCUCAAGUUUACCCCCGGGGUAUCUAUCUCAUCUACAACGCAAUUGACAGAUCGCUCCUCAUGAUCCCGUCUGCGCCCAGCACACCCCCUUCCGUCCUUACGUCCCGUGUUCUUGUGGCGCGCCGCCGGGACGACGACAUCAGCUCCUACGCCCUGGUCUUUCCCGGGACCGUCUACGACAUAGGCUGUCCUGGACGGCAGCCUGUUCUCUUCGUGUCGGGAUCCUCAUCUAAGUCUCAGUGGGAGAUUGCGAAGUUCACUAAUUUCCCCGACCAUCUGCUCGCUGAGAAAAGCUCUUUCCUUGCCGAAGAUGUGUUCUCCCACCGUGGCCGUGGUUACUGGGUGGAUCUCUUGCUUGGUGGCAUGUACUGUGACUGCGGUGAUGUGUUCUCCAGCCAGCGUUACAUGGACGCCCACUCCUUAGACCUCCCUGUGGGGUGCGAGAGAUACUUAGGCUGUAGAGAUUACAUACCAGAGCCGAGGGCCUUUCGAGCUGUGGGCUGUGUUGGGGACUCCAUCAAGUUUGUCUCCAUCACCGGCUUCCUUGAGCGUGUGGAUCUUGUGGAUGACCGCAUGGUGAGGGUCUGGAGACUCAAGGAAGAUAUGAGUUGGGAUGUAGACUACGAGCUCAAGCUGGGGAGCCUGCGUGAAGAGGGGGCUUUCAAAGGGAACCGCCUGCCGACCUCCAUGGCACCCAUGUACCCCUUCCUCAACAUACAGGAAGACCGUGUCAUAUACUUUGCACUGGGUGAGUACAUCUACCAGGACCCGGAGUUCUGCUUUCCAUCCACGCCAAGCUUUUGGGUCCGUGUUGAUAUGAGCAGCAAGACUUUCAACUGCACACCUCUCUCUCUGACGGAUGCCAGCAUUGGCUGUCUUCUUGCUCUCUCCGGCAAUGCUGAGGGCAAGCUUGCUUGGACUUCCCAGCCAAGCCAACUUCUGAAGCCAUGUCCUGUUAGUUAGGGAGGGGCAAUAUGGAAGCACCAGAUCAAGUAUCAGGAAUCAUGAAGUUUGGUUAUCUUUUUAUUUUGCCUAUUUCUAUUAACAAGAUGUUUAUCUGGCUCAAGUCAAUCCCUUGUUUAUUUGCUUUUGUUGGAGUGAGAAACUGUUGUGUUUGGCUGCAACUUGUCCCAUGAGAUUACUGUUUGAUGACAUUCUUGUGAGAUCCUUAUUCUCGUGCUUGUAUUAUCAUGGAUAUAGUUUCUAUCCUUA